UUUUUUUUUUUUCCUGGUCUUAUAUUUUUUUUACCACCUCCUCUUUUUUUCGACUGCAAUUUUAAAAAUCGGAUGCCUCGACACUCGAAGAACAACACUGCUUCUAGUGUAUUCACUUAUCAUGAAGCUCAGAGUUUGGAAUACGGUACAAAGAGACAACGUUUAGGUCGAGACUCAUAUAGAAACUACAACGCCUGUUAUCUCUGUUUGCAAACCGCUAGAGAUCCUGUUUGCUGUGGUGAAGGGCAUUUGGCCUGUCGCGAGUGUAUGUAUGAAUCGAUCGUACAACAGAAGGAGGCAAUCAAACUUGAGCAGAAAAUCAUCGAACGAAAGAAGCAAGAAUUGGAAGCUAAAAAGCAGCUGGAGGAAUAUGAGGCAAAGCAAGCGUUAUUAGAUAGUUUUGAUAAAACACAAAAUAGUGUGCUUAGUAAACGUCCUACUAUUCGCGAUCCUCUUAAAGAUACAGAUACCGCCUCCACAACCAAACCGGUGAUUGACAACAGUAAUGAUAGAAAACGUAAAUUUGAGGCAACAUCAGAAAAAGAUGCGGAAGGAAAGAGCGCUACAUUUGUUGACGAAGAGUUAGAGAAGACAGCAGCUCAAUUAAGAAAAGAAAAGGAAAAGAACUCAAAGCAAAAGUUGGGAUCCUUUUGGGUGCCUUCGGAGACGCCUUCUGCUAAAGAAGGAGAGAUCAAACCGACCAAAACGCAAGUCAUCUGUACUGCUACUGAAAAAACACAUCCGCUUACGAUAAAAUCAUUAAUUGAUGUCAAAUUUACAAAAGAGGAAAAGGAUAAAGACAAGAAUAUUUGCCCGGCUUGUAUAAAAACAUUAACAAAUGCAUCAAAGCUGUCAAAAAUCAUUUUUGAUUCUUUAGUUUUACGCAACUGCGGGCAUGUCAUAUGUAACACCUGUAUUGAUAUGUUUGUAAAGAAGUCAAAGAAAUGCUAUGUCUGUGAGGCGAAAGCGAAAUCGAAGGAUAUUGUAGAUAUGACCGUAGAAGGUACUGGUUUUGCAAGUGGCAGUACCAAGGCAAUGGCAGAAAAGUUCAGCUUAGCUUUUCAAUAA